UUUACGGUGUUAUAUUCCCACGCAGACGUGCGGGGAGCUUAUUUGUGGACGUUACCGGCCGCUGAGAAUUUCGUUUUCCGCGUCAUAAAAUGAGCGGAAAGCCAGCUGCCAUGCUAAUCGGUUAGCCACCCUGCUAGCGUUUCACUUGGGAAGCACUGGUUCUAUUUGCACUCGUUUGUAUGUGGUUAGCGGAGACACUAACUUCCGAAGCACGGCAGAAACAAGUCAAACUCAAUUUAAGUUGAUAUAUUGUCAAUUUCAAGACUUUAUUCUACCUUUCACGUGGACGUCUAGUAUUACCCAGCCCAGAUAAAGGUCAGAUCAUCACCCUGUCUGAUUUAGAAUGUGACUACAUCAAUGCAAGGGCCUGCUGCUCCAAACUCAACAAAUGGGUGAUUCCAGAGAUGGUCGGCCAGUGUCUCUCCACGCUGCUGAUGUUAAUUUCCACACACUGGUUCAUCUUCCUCCUCAACCUCCCCGUAGCAGCCUGGGACAUUUAUAGGUAUGUCAAGGUCCCCAUGGGAAACAUGGGCGUAUUUGACCCCACGGAGAUCCACAACCGGGGUCAGCUCAAGUCUCACAUGAAGGAGGCCAUGAUUAAACUUGGCUACCAUCUGCUUUGCUUCUUCAUUUACUUGUACAGCAUGAUACUGGCUCUGAUCAAUGACUGAAAUGACCUGUCAGACACUCCUGGAUUUCCUGUCCAUCCUGUGUAGAAUCUCGCCGACUCAACCCGGACGAUCUUUUGGAUUAUGAUGUGUGUGUUUUUGUUUUCUUUUGUGCACAUUGCAUCACAAUCAAAUUGUGUGUGUUUGUAUGAAAAUACUUGAAAACUCAAAAUGGGCCAAACAUUCUAACUCCCAGGAUUUAAUGUUAAACAUUAACGGUGUUUUGUUUUCAUGAACUUUUGUAUGACGUACAGUGUUGUUAGUCACACUUAAAUGUCUCAGAUCAUCAAACAAAUGUAAGUAUUUGUCGAUGACAACACAACUGAACACUUUAUGCACUUUUUAAAUGAAACUUUUUAUGAUGAAGGGAGAAAACAAUCCAAAGCUACAUGGCCCUGUGUGGAAAAGUGAUUGCCCCCUAAAGCUAAUAGCUGGUUGGGCCCCCCUUAGCAGCAACAACUGCAAUCAAGCGUUUGCCAUAGCUUGCAAUGAGUCUCUUACAGUGCUGUGGAGGAAUUUUGCAGAAUUGUUGUCAUUCAGCCACAUUGGAGGUUUUUUCCAGCAUGAAGCACCUUUUUAAGGUCAUGCCACAGCAUCUCAAUAGGAUUCAGGUCAGGACUUGGACUAGGCCACUCCAAAGUCUUCAGCCAUUCAGAGGUGGACUUGCUGGUGUGUUUUGGAUCAUUGUCCUGCUGCAGAACCCAAGUUGCUUUCAGCUUGAGGUCACCAACAGACGGUCGGACAUUCUCCUUCAGCAGAAUUCAUGCUUCCAUUUAUCACAGCAAGUCUUCCAGGUCCUAAAGCAGCAAAACAGCCCCAGACCAUCACACUACCACCACCACAUUUUACUGUUGCUAUGAUGUUCUUUUUCUGAAACGCCAGUUGUAAUCGGACACACACCUUCCAAAAAGUACAACUUCACAGAGUAUUUUCCCAAAGGUCUUAGGGAUCAUCAAGAUGUUUUCUGGCAAAAUUGAGACGAGCCUUAAUGUUCUUUUUGUUCAGCAGUGGUUUUGGUCUUGGAACUCUGCCAUGCAGGCUGUUUUUGCCCAGUGUCUUUCUUAUGUGGGAGUCAUGAACACUGACCUUAACUGAGGCAAGUGAGGCCUGCAGUUCUUCGGAUGUUGUUGUGGGGUCUUUUGUGACCUCUCGGAUGAGUUGUCGCUGCGCUCUUGGGGAAGGUUCUCCCCUGUUCCAUAUUUCUGGAUAAUGGCUCUCACUGUGGUUGGCUGGAGUCCCAAAGUUUUAGAAAUGGCUUUAUAAUCUUUUCCACACUGAUAGAUCUCAAUUCAUCUCAGUUAUGUUUAAACGGGGGCCGGGGGCAAUUGCUUUUUCACACAGGGUCAUGUAGCUUUGGAUUUUUUUUCUCCCUUAAUAUUAAAAAUUUCAUUUAAAAACAGUUUCAAGUUCAGUUGUGUUGUCAUUGACUAAUAUUUAAAUUUGUUGGAUGAUCUGAAACAUUUAAGUGGGACAAAAAUGCAAAAAAAUAAGAAAUUAGGAAGGGGGCCAACACUUUUUCACACCACUGUAUCUGUAGAGGAACCUUGGUUAGCGUCAUUAAUUCGUUCCAGAGGGUCCGACUCUAACCAAAACGGACGCUAACCGAAUCACAAUUUCCCAUAAGAAAUAAUAAAUCCAAUUCAUCCGCGUGAGUCCAACUGUGUUCUUAAUGUUUUUGUUUUGUUUUUUAAACCACAAAGCGUCCUUCCUUGUUAGCAUCCUGUUUA